ACAACAUGGUGGAAGACAUGGACGUCGAUCUUGACAAAGAGUUUUUACAAGAACUGAAAGAGCUGAAGAUUUUAAUCGCUGACAAAGAUCUGCUCGAUCAACACAAAAGUUUGGUCUGUACAGCCCUUAGAGGAAAGACGAAAGUUUUCAUUGAGAUGGAGGGUAGUUUCAAGAAUCUUUCCAGAGGCCUCAUCAACAUCGCUGCAAAGCUGACCAACACAAAAGAUGUCAGAGAUUUCUUUAUUGAUCUUGUAGAGAAGUUUAUUGAGCCGUGCCGUUCAGACCGGUGGUCAGCUGCGGACAUGAAACUCUACCUCACUCAUUACACCAACUCUGCACACAUACUCGACACAUUCAAACAUCAAGUCGUGUGGGACAGAUACAUGGGCGUCGUCAAAAGCUGCAUCUUCAAAAUGUAUCACGACUGAAGAGUUCUCCUAGCGGUUCACGUCUCCUUUCAGUUUGCUUCUUCCGUCAUCGCUGUAUGUUUGUCUGCCUGCUUUGUUCCUAGCGUCCCCCAACGUUGUCUGUAAAUUUGGUUUGUAAAUAAAAUUAAGAUUUUACAUUAAAAA